AUGGUGCCAGGUCUGAAGGUCCUUCUGCUCCUCAGCCUGCAUCUCCUGCAGGAGGCACAAAGCUCCAUGGUCCAUCUCAACAACAAUGGGUACGAGGGAGUGGUCGUUGCAAUUAACCCCAGUGUACAAGAAGAUGAAAGACUCAUCCAAAGCAUAAAGGAAAUGGUAACCCAAGCUUCUACUUACCUGUUUGAAGCCAGCAAAAGAAGAUUUUAUUUCAGGAAUGUAAACAUUUUGGUCCCGAUGACCUGGAAGUCAAAAUCCGAGUACUUAAUGCCGAGACGAGAAUCAUAUGACAAAGCAGAUGUCAUAGUUGCUGACCCGUAUCUGAAAUAUGGAGAUGACCCCUACACACUUCAAUAUGGACAGUGUGGAGACAGAGGACAGUACAUACACUUCACUCCAAACUUCCUACUGGCUGACAAUUUACGUAUCUAUGGAUCCCGAGGCAGAGUCUUUGUCCAUGAGUGGGCCCAUCUCCGAUGGGGAGUAUUUGAUGAAUAUAACACAGAUCGGCCCUUCUACAUGUCCGGAAAGAACACCCCAGAAGCAACAAGAUGCUCCACUGGCAUUUCUGGCAGAAACGUGGUCCUGGAAUGUCGGGGACGCAGUUGCAUAGCAAGGCAAUGCCGGCGAGAUUCAAAGUCAGGACUGCUUGAACCCAAAUGUACAUUUAUCCCAAACAAAUCCCAGACUGUCAAGGACUCCAUAAUGUUCAUGCAAAGUCUUGAUUCUGUGGUUGAAUUUUGCACAGAAAAAACCCACAAUAAGGAAGCUCCAAACCUGCAAAAUAAAAUGUGCAAUGGCAGAAGCACGUGGGACGUAAUCAAGGAGUCUCCUGAUUUCCAGAAUGCCUCUCCCAUGGAAGGAGUAGAACCACCUCCUCCACCUACAUUUUCAUUGCUGAAGUCCAAACAGCGAGUAGUCUGCUUAGUGCUGGACAAAUCUGGAAGCAUGAAUGGAAACGACGUCACUCGUCUCAUCCGAAUGAACCAAGCAGCAGAGUUGUAUUUAAUUCAAAUUAUUGAAAAGGAAUCCUUGGUUGGCAUGGUCACAUUUGAUAGCACUGCUACAAUCCAAAAUAAUCUAAUAAGAAUGAUCAAUGAGAGCUCCUAUCUAGAGAUCAGCGCAAACCUGCCUCGAGACGCUAGUGGUGGAACUUCAAUUUGCAACGGACUCAGAAAAGGAUUCGAGGCAAUUACCUCCAGUAACCAGACGACUUCCGGUUCUGAGAUCGUAUUGCUGACAGAUGGGGAAGAUGGUCAAAUAAGUUACUGCUUUGAGGAGGUCAAACACAGUGGUGCCGUCAUCCACACCAUCGCUCUGGGGCCUUCUGCUGCCAAAGAACUGGAGACUCUGUCAACCAUGACCGGAGGGCUUCGCUUUUAUGCCAAUGAAGACAUAAACGGCCUUAUCGAUGCUUUCAGUGGGAUUUCAUCUAGGAGUGGCAACAUCGCCCAGCAGGCUCUGCAGUUGGAGAGCAAAGCCUUGACUAUUGCAGGGAAGGGACGGAUAAAUGGUACAGUGCUGGUGGACAGCACCGUUGGCAACGACACGUUCUUUGCUGUCACCUGGACAGCAAAAAAGCCAGACAUUAUUCUUCAUGAUCCAAAAGGAAAAGAAUACACAAACUCAGACUUCCGAGACGAUAAGCUAAAUAGAUACUCUGCUCGACUUUGGAUACCAGGCAUCGCAGAGACAGGUACGUGGACUUACAGCCUCUUAAAUAAGAAUGUCAUAUCUCAGUUGCUAACGGUGACAGUGACCACUCGAGCGAGAAGUCCUACCACGCCCCCAAUAAUCGCGACUGCUCACAUGAGUCAAGGCACAGCACGGUACCCUAGCCCGAUGAUUGUUUACGCCCGAGUCAGCCAAGGGUUCUUGCCUGUCCUGGGAGCCAGUGUCACCGCCAUUAUAGAAGCCGAAGAUGGGCAUCAAGCCACACUGGAGCUGUGGGACAACGGGGCAGGUGCUGAUACACUCAAACACGAUGGCAUCUACUCAAGAUACUUCACAGAGUACCAUGGGAAUGGGAGAUACAGCCUAAAAGUCAAGGCCCAGGCAAGAAAACACAUCACUAAACUACAUGUAAAACAACCGAACAAGUCUCUAUAUAUACCCGGCUACACUGAAAAUGGUCAAAUUACACUGAAUCCACCCAGACCUGAGGUUCCAGAAGCCACAGAAGCUCCAGUGGAAGACUUCAGCAGAGUAGCCUCUGGAGGGUCGUUUACCGUGUCUGGAGCGCCUCCUGGUGGCAACCACACUCAUGUGUUCCCACCCAGUAAAGUCACAGAUCUGGAGGCCGAGUUUGAAGGAGAUCAUAUCCACCUUACCUGGACGGCCCCUGGCAAGUUCCUCGACAAAGGAAGAGCGCAAAGAUACAUCAUCAGAAUGAGUCAGCAUUCUCGGGAUCUCCAAGAAGAUUUUAAGAACGCUACUUUAGUGAAUACUACUUGUCUGAGACCUAAAGAGGCUGGCUCAAAAGAAAAUUUUGAAUUCAAACUAGAAACUUUGAAAAUAGAAAAUGGUACGAAGUUCUACGUUGUGAUUCAGGCCAGUAACGAAGCCAAUCUCACCUCAGAGGUCUCCAACAUUGCACAGGCUGUCAAAUUCAUUCCUCCAGAGGUACCUGACCUGGGUACCAAAAUGCCUGUACCCAGUUUGACAAUUUUUGUAUUUGUUGCAACUUUAUUCAUAUUUUAA